UGCGCAGUACGCGGGAUAGCAUGUCACUUAAAAAGUAUAUUAAUCUACAAUAACUUCAGAAGGAGGUAGGCAGAACUUUGCUGAUAUCUAAGUGACUAGGAAACGACCAACUUUAAUCUCCUAUUUCAGAAUAGUGGAUGCAUGCUGCCUCAUUUGUGAGGACGACUGCUUCACUUGUCAGCUAGUUACAUCUAAGCGGAAGCUUGCACAGACUGCCAUCAUGGAUUGGUGGACUCUCGUGGGCAGCUUGUUGGUAGCACCGCUUUUAUACCUGCUAGUGCAGCGAUGGCUGCACAAGAAGCGUGUGCCGCCAGGAAAACGACUUCCUCCUGGCCCCCCGGGAUUUCCUCUGGUGGGACAUCUGCAGUUCGCAUCCAAGGACUUCCACUGCAACCAAGCCAUAAAAUGGGCGAAGCAGUACGGCCCCGUCUACAGGAUCAAAACUGGCUCAACAGACGUGGUGAUAAUCAGCGAUUUCCAACUAAUAAAAAAGUACCUUCCUAGAAAGGAGCUCAUGAACCGGCCACAGAACUGGUUCUUCAAAGAAGGAGAAUACGGCGGUUUGGCUACGUUCAAUGGCGACGAGUGGGACGAGAAUCGAAAAUUCUGCAUGCAAGUUUUGAGGGACCUUGGUUACGGCAAGACAUCUAUGGAGGAACACAUCAAGGACGAGUGCAACAGUUUCACAGAGAAAAUACGCAGGACGAAUGGCGCCCCCGUCUUGAUCGACAAACACCUGCUCACAAGCAUCUCUAGCAACAUCGCAUCGCUCGUGUACGGCAUCCGGCACGGUCACGACGACCCUCACAGACUCUACAUGGAUAAUACGUUGCUGGAAGUGUUCGAGGCGAUAGGAAGCGGCAGCAUGCUCGAGUUCCUGCCCCUGUUUAUGCGCAAGCUUCUCAGGAAGCUACCGUCCACACGCCGAAGCGCCAUGGCAUCCAGAGUCAAGGAUUUAAUCCAGUACAUACACCGACAAGCCGAGGAGCACAAGCAGAGCCUUGAUAACAACUAUAAUCGGGACUUCAUCGACGGCUAUCUCAAAAAGAUAAAGGAACACGAAAAGGAGCCCACGUCAUACUUCACAACUCGCGGCCUCGUCGGCAAUGCCAUGGCGUUGUUCUUCGGUGGCUCAGGCACGGUGAGCGUAACUCUGCACUGGCACUUUCUCAACUUCGCCGACAAGCCGGACACGGUGCAGGCCACAGUGCACAGGGAGAUCGACGAAGUGGUGGGCAAGGAGCGCCAGCCCACGUGGGACGAUCGGCUGAGAAUGCCCUACACCAUGGCCUGUAUCUGGGAGAUGAACCGCUGGAAGACUGUGUCGCCCCUAGGUGUACCCAGGUGCGUUCUCGAGGACACCCUUUUCGACGAAUUUUACAUCCCGAAGGGAACUACCGUGAUUCCCAACCUGUGGGCUGUGCACAACCACCCCGGCCUGUGGAAGGAACCCUGGAAGUUCGACCCGAACCGCUUCCUCAAGGAGGACGGCUCCCUGGCACAACCGAAGCCCGACUACCUCAUCCCGUUCUCAGUCGGCAAACGCAUGUGUCCUGGCGAGAGCCUUUCCUUCGUGGAGAUAUUUCUGUACAUCACGAACGUACUUCAGAAGUACCGCAUUCUGCCAGAAGGCGAAAUUAAAGGCCUUAACUCCGUCGAUGCGGUCAUCGAGGAACUUGACCAUUACAAGCUCAGAUUCGUGCCCCGAUAGAUGUGCCUGCCCUGAACGUAAUAGCUACCGCAUUAAAAACUGAUGUUUGUUCCUGUGUAGAUGUGCACCUGUGAAAAACCGUAGUGGUGCGUGUUUCUUUCAAUAAAAUCAUG